AUGGAUACUGGUGAUGAAACUGGAGCUGUUAUUACUUCUGUUAUGGAUUCGGUACCUUCUCAGGAGCCGACUUCGAUUCCUUAUGGUGUAAAAUUGAAUGACAAAAAUUUUACUCUUUGGUCUCAAAUCGUAUCUAUGUUUGUCUCAAGUAGAGGCAAAAAUGGAUAUUUAACUGGUGCUACCAAACAACCCACUGAAGAUUCUGAUCCUACACCUACUGCAAAAGAUAUUUGGGAUGCAGUGAAACAUCGAUACUAUGAAGGGGCUGAUAAAUCAAUUCUUUACGAUUUAUCUCGAAAGGCUAUGGAAACAAAGCAAGCAGGUCGACCCGUGGCUACCUUUUUUUCUGAUCUUACGAUUAUUUGGCAAGAACUUGAUUAUCGUAAACCAAUUACUUUUAACCAAGCAGAUAUAAUUAAAAUUCGCAAAGCAGAGAUUGAUGAAGAGCGAGUUUAUUUAUUUCUUGCUGGUCUUGAUGAUUCUUAUGAUUCUGUCAGAGGAGAAAUACUUCGUAGUACUCCACUACCUGGACCCGAAAUGGUUUUCUCUAUUGUGAGGCGUGAAGAACAACGUCGUAGUACCAUGAUCAAUCAAGUUGUUUCCCCUCAAAUAGCAAUGACGGUAAACAAAUUUGGGAAUUUUUCGCAACGAUUUUCAUUACAAAAUACUGGUGGAAAAUGUACUUGUUGUGGAAAUGGUAAGCACACUGUCGAAAAUUGCUUUAAGAAGAAUGGUUAUCCUGGGUGGUGGAAUACUCGAUCAAAAACCGAAAAAGGAAAAGGCAAAGCAGAUAUUUGUUCUACUGAGAUGACAACGUCAACAACAGCUACUCCAAUAGUUGAUGAACUUCCUUCCAUUAUAGAUCAUCAUGUUCCCAAAGAAUUAGGUAAUAUUGGCCUAGCUCUAAUAGUUGCUAACUCAAACAAGGACCACAGUUGGAUUCUUGAUUAUGGUGCCACUAAUCAUAUGACAUUUGAAGCAUCUAUUUUGAAAGAUGUGUGCCCACCUGAUUGUUCAACGGUCUAUAAUGCCAAUGGAGUUCCAUAUCCGGUUACUGGAGCUGGGAGGGAUCUCAGCAACGGGAAGAUAAUUGGGUGUGGCUGCAAACCUUCUGAUUUAAAUUGUGAAACUUGCAUCUUAGCAAAAAGUCAUCGUACUACUUAUCCUGAUAGUUUUAACAGAAGAUUAGUUCCAUGUGCUUUGGUUCAUUCUGAUGUUUGGGGUCCUUGUCGAAUUACUAGUAAUUCAGGAUUUCGUUGGUUUGUUCUUUUUGUCGAUGAUUGCACUCGUAUGACAUGGAUUUAUUUGAUGAGAAAUAAAAGUGAUGUUGCUGGUUAUUUCCAGGAGCAUGGUUUAAUUCAUGAGACUACUUGUCCUUCUACGCCACAACAGAAUGGUGUUGCGGAAAGAAAUAACAGGCAAUUACUUGAGAUUACUAGAGCUUGUUUAAUUGGAGCAAACAUGAGGCCACAUUUCUGGGAAGAAUCCAUCACCAAUGCGGUGUAUCUUCUUAACCGUGUACCCACUAGUGUUUUGAAAUUCCAAACACCUUUGGAUAAAUUGGCUUCGUUUGUGGCAAUUCCUUCUCAACUUAAGCUUCCUCCACGAGUGUUCGGAUGUGUUGUUUAUGUCCACAUAAAAAAACAUUUGCGCUGCAAGCUUGACCCAUGUGCUCUAAUGUGUGUAUUCGUUGGUUAUCAUCCGUUUCAAAAGGGUUACAUGUGUUAUCAUCCUCUUUCUUACAAAUUUUAUGUUAGCAUGGACGUUACCUUCUCUGAGCAUGAGAAGUUCUACUCAACAUAUGAUCCUAGUUCUCCUCUUCAGGGAGAGAACAACAUUGAAGAUUUGAAUUGGAUAAAUUUGUUUCCAACUAAUUGUUAG